ACUAAUUUUGCGCUGUGCGUGGGGCAAUAAUUGUGCGUUCACUUGACGCAUUUUUGUGUUUACCACGUAAGAUUUGCAUAAUUUGUGGUGCAACGAAGUAAGAAGAAGGCAAAGGUUUGCGACAAUGCGGCAAUGACAGUCCAUUUCAAGUCAGCGUCUUACUUCACAUAAAUCAUAAUUAAAUUAACUGAAACGAGAUUACUUCCAUUGAGAGAAAAUAUUAUAGGUUAAAAAUACAAAGUUGUUUGUUAACAUGCUAACAACCAAAAUUGGAAAAGUGGGAAAAGUAUUAAUAUGUGGCAUGAAAGGCGUUGGUAAAACUGCGCUACUGGAACAAUUAAUUUACGGCAAUGUUAGUGUGGAAACGGAAUUUCAUCCCACCAUUGAGGAUAUCUAUGUAGCUAGUGUUGACAGUGGGCGCGGUUCACGAGAAAUUUUACGUCUUCAUGAUUCGGCUGGCCUGCAAGGCAAAGCUCAAUUGCCACGACACUAUAUACAUUUCCCAGAUGGCUUCGCUUUAGUAUACGAUCCAACAGACCCCUCCAGCCUAGAUAUGUUAGCAGACAUUAAACAAGAUAUUGAGAGAAAUAAAGAGAAAAAGGACGUACCAAUCAUAGUAUUGGCUAACAUGCGUUCUAAGCGACGGGAGGCUCCACCAUCAAUUUUCCAUGCACAACAAACAAAUUCAAUAAAUCCCGCUAAUCAAAUGGAAAUAGUAUUAAAUCGAGCAAUUUCUUGGUGUUCAAGGGAGCGCAUUAAACACUACACAGUUAACGCUAUGGAAAGACCUUCUUUAUAUGACCCCUUUAUCAAUCUAUGUGCUCGUCUUCAUCCUCCUCAAGCGAAAAGCACAUUUCCACAAUUAAGACAAGUUAUGCAAAAAACACAAAAGAGUGAUGUUUAGCGAGGAGCACACCAUUGAGUUUUUAAUACGUUCAUUAAGAAUUAAAUAUCUUUAAAUCAAUUA